GGACCUCAGAAAAUUUGCACCUUUUGUCUUUCUCCUAAACCUGGGGAUUCUCCUCUAACUGUAAAAGGUAUGCCAGUCUCUUAUUUUCAUCGUAGGCCGUGGCAAUCAGCAUUUGUGCGUUCUUAUACCUAACAAAGGGCAAAUAUUACUUUUUUCUUGUAACAUAGUUGAAAAUUGUUAAAAUUUCAUCUCUUGAAAAGCAAUUCAUCUCGAUCGAAGACUUUCUAUUUUGUUCUUUAUUUUUAAGGAACACUGCAUGUACAUAUUUAGACCUCAUGUAAAGACAGAAGGUCUAACAGCUAAUAUUUUUGAUUUUCCUAGUUCUUCUGAUUUACAACUUUGGGGAACACAACAAGCCCCUCCCUCUCGUUUAAGUGACUAACUCAGUGCUCGAGCUUGCGACUAGAGUACUAAGGUCAAAGUCUCUGAUGGAUGCAUUUUUCCAUCUCAUUUAAUGUGCCAGUUUCUAUAAAUCUCACGAUCUCGAGAAAAUGAUUCUAUUGCAAAGUUUUCGAUGGACUAAUUUGUUUGUUGUAACUCGGUUCUCCAAAAAUAGUACAGUCUGUUCCCGUCAGCGGGCUACCAAUUGGAUUGACGGAAAACGAAACAAAAUUUUAAGCACAGACAGGUGAUUGAUUCUUGAUACGAUAUUUCAUAUCCCCAGAAGACCUACGGUUUGAAGAUUUCAGAUCUAGAACAUAAGAUUUUGACAGUGGGGUGAGAUCUCUGAAAAUAAACCUGCCCCUUACACUCCACACCCACAUUCUGAUCCAACGCGAAAGUUUUAAUCCAUUUCAAACUUUUGAAGACCAUAGUGAUGUCUGGCAGUUCAUCAACCCACCUUUUACAGAAAACCUUAAACGAGUUUUUAUUCUUUGAUUUUCCUAUUUUGGAAUCAGUCAUUUCCGCACUUCUACCGAUGUCCAUAUUUCCUAAUCCGUGCAGCUCUGUUUUAAUUCAAUCAGAGAUAACUGUCAUUCGCGGGCUACCCUUUUGGUGCAAGGAACCGAGCUUACUCGACAUAUUGCGUGUGGGCGCGUAGCAAAACGGUAAUUUGAUUAAUCUAAAUAUUUAGAUUUGCUCUCAACAAGUGGAGUAAUUGAACAUGAACGAAAAAAGGAGCUAGGGGAGAUAAAAUUGGACUUAAAAAAUCUAAAGAGAGUUAUUACAGUAGCUAUUCUUCGAGUUUGCCAUUUGGAUCGACGCGAUCUUUAUCAAAUAUUGUCCAAAUCAAGAGUGAAACAUUGAAAUAUGAUGAUAAAGGUAAAGCAAAAAACAAUAUAAAAACUAGAUGAUAUCAAAAUUUGCAUAAAGAUACUUACCUUCAAGGCGAGAAUGCCAUUCGCCAAAUUGUUCAGUACAAUUUCAGAAAAGCAUGCUGAGCGUUAAGGGGCGGGGGGGAGGGGUGACCAAGGAAAUCGGUGGUUCAGUCCGCCUGCCAGUAUGACGUCACACAUCUCGCGUCAGUGACUUUCAAAGUGGCGAGCAAAGUGUUCAUCGAAGAGACAGAUAAAAAUUUCGAAUUUAUCACGGAAAUGCUGUUCCGAUUUCUUGGAUUUGGAGAUUUUAAGGUCCCUCUUGUCAUAGAAAACUAGACUUUAGUACUUUUUUGGAAUGAAACGUCCACUGGUGUAAGAAAUUUUAAAGAUCCCUUUCUAUCGUUGAGCAAAUUUUACGGGCAAUCAUACGGACCGGUCAUAUUUUUGAGGGCCAGUGCACGGCAAGAUUGAGGAAUUUAGACACAGCAAUAGGAGGUUCAUCAAAGGAUCUUUUAUUCGUUACAUUGUGCGUAUUUUCAGCUGUUCAGAGCUUAGCUUAGCUGUAGCGUUGAAAGAGGAAGCUACAUGACAGAUAUUUGUGAGAGACCCUGAGCGUUGAAUCUUGUUGCUUUAACAUAUUUUCAUACUGUACUGGGCAUACACCUGUAAUUGUGUAAUUAAAUCCCGAAAACCAAUAAAAGGUUUCGUUUAAUUAGUUUUUGGGGCCAAACCCAGUGGAGAUUUUACGGUAAUAUAUUGAUAAUUAAGACGAUGUACAAAAGGCAGGUCUAAAUUUCGCCAGUGGAUCACUGGUGGGUGUUGGGUGUAAACUAGUACAGUCUUCUGGUGUACUGUGUGUUGUUUGUCAUGAUGUCAACUAACAUUGAAAAAAAUUCAGCUGCUUGAGAGGAGAGGGGACAUAAGUUGACAGCUUGUGGUUUUUUCUGGCCGUAAGCUUGGCCAGUAUGCAGAUCAAGAACUCUUGAAAUUCCUUUUCCAAAAUAAUACUCCGGACUUAAGCUUAAAAUAUCUAUUGAUCCAAGUGCAUGACCAGCAGGGUCCGUAGUAAGAAUAAAGAAAAACAGGCGAAAAGGAAAAACCAAGACUAAACAGAAAAAAAAAUAAAAACGGUACAAACAAACAGAAAACAGCGUCGCCGGGAGACGAACCCGGUUUAUCUGCAAGUGCAAGCAACUCCUUGACCGCUGCACCACAGUGACACACAUGCUUUGGAAACCAUUUUUUAGUCUAACAUAGACGCUGUUUCAAGCUGGUGGAGCUGUAUUUAUCAUGAAUUCAAAUAUACAUUAAUUUGAGGAAAAUUAGCUUAAGCGCGUAUUUCGAAGCUGUUUCGCAUUAUUUCGGGUUCAACGCCGGCCGACCCGAUGUAGAUAAUCGAUCGAACUAGCUUUACUGAGUUUGGUGGAGAAUUAGGAGAUGAACAGAGGCCCACACUCGAAAGGAUUGAUAAAGAGUGAGGCCCGUUUAAUUAGCAAAAGAAUAGAUGAAAUAUUAAUAUGUCAGGAGCCGGUUACUGAUAUGUGUGAUCUGUGAAUAGAACCUCCUAUUCUGGAGACUAGACCUUGCCUAUUUUAGAGAAAAAAAAGAUUUAAGUUUUGAUGUCCUUACCGGUCCCAUAAAAAAGACGGCGAUCCCGCAGCACGGCCCGCAAAACAAAUUAACAAAAUUAUACAAUUAUUUACGGACACAAAAUAUCAAAACGGUUUACACAAGCAGAUUAUAGCAACACCAAAGCUCACACACAUUCGAUCAAAUUAGCGAUAUAUGGCGAUAUCUGAUAGCUUCUUAGCUUUUCCUCGACCUCGCUCGUCCUAAUAACUGUCGUAUCCCUUUCUAAUUUGCACAAGCGACUCAAGGCUCUUGCCCGUUACUAUGUGACGUCAUACUGGCAGGCAGAGUGGGUCAAGAAACUUAGGAAUAAAACAAUAGAGUUACCUCCCCUCCCUCCUUGAUGUUGAGUAAUUGAAAUGAAAAAUAUCUGUAUAUAUAAACUUCUUCUUCCUAAAUUUUCUUCACAUAACGACAAGGCAAAGAUUUUACACCUCGCCUGGAAAUGAAAAGUGAAAAAAUGCUAGGCUACGUUUUUUAAGCGCAUAUUUCUUUUCCCUAUGACGCCAAAGUAGAGUCGCUUAUUAACCUCUGGACUUGAACCGUAGGCCAAGCUACGUUUUUACAGCGCUAUUUAAAUGAAAAGAAAAGUCACAAUGUCCUUGCAAAAGUACAGCUUUUGGUGAUGUCUUUCAAACAGAACUUCAGUAAAUGAAGAAGAAUUAAUUUUCUGUCCUCACAUUUUAAAAACAUACGAAAGUUGCUUAUCUCUCCUCGCCUUUCAAAUAAACACAGACACACCCCUAGCCUCUCUUCAUUUCUUUUCAACCAACACUCCGUCUCGUUCCAUCCCAUACUUACACUACAUUGAGACAUUUUUUUCUAUUUUACAGGCAUUUCCUAUCAGGUUGGAAAACUGAACGCAUCAGAGACACGUCAAGGAUGGAAUUGCAACAGUGGAUGUGAGGCGCCACAACAUUGUACACUGCCACGCUGCACUAACGUGAUAUUUCCGCAGACGUUUAGUGGAUCUGGAACAGUAAGUAAACCCUAAGCAAUUAAAAAUUACCGUAUUUCUUCAAAUAAUAGCCUCAAGCGAUUAUUCGAGGGAGGCGAUUAUUUCAAAUAUUGGUCACUGGAAGUCGAUCCCUAAAUAUUUUCUUUUGUUACCCGUUAAAUAAAAAUAAAGAAAUAAUCACAUCAAAAUAUACUAAACAUGGGCUUUAUAAGUUUUCAAAAAAUGGUUCCUUGUCAAGAGCAAUCCUGUUCCUUGGUUAUUUUUCGAUUUCAAUAUCCUUGGCGUUAGAGCUUGAAUCGUCAGUGAUCAGUUUUGCUGGAUGAGAUUCCACUUCAGCUUUGUUUGUUUUUUUAACUCGACAGGGAGGUGGUAAAGAAAGAGAAGAUAGCGAGAAGGGUGGGGAUUAGGGGCGAUUAUUUGAGGGAGGCGAUUAAUCGAGGGACGGCUAUUUUUCGAGGAAAUACAGUAGUCUAAUCUUAAGGGUUGGUGGCAACUUUCUUUUGUUAGCAGAACACAAUAAGCUUCUCUAGGAACUAAUGUUUUUAACAAAUCAUAGUGGCCUUUGUAAUGUUAUGACCUCAGACAAUUUAGUGCGCAUCGGUGUGCUCAAGUGCUCCCUAAUCCCUAGGAUGCGAGUGUUUUCAAACAAAACAAAACAAGACAAAACAAAAAAGCCAGAGAAUUCUGACAAUAAAAAUAGGCUAGAAGAUCUUUAAUCCUUGGAAUGGGGCCGGGAAUGGAGGGUUGAAUUAGAUCCUCUUUUUUUUCAGAUUUAGUGUGAGGAGUGCACGCGCGCACGAGCAUUGAAACCACCAGACGCACGCGAGAAACGAGGGCGGUAGUCUCGCCCCUUCAGUCACGCGCGUGGUCAUUUGCGUUACUCGCGCGUUUCGCACGACAGACAGAUCAACAGUCCGGAAUAUCCCUAAAUUUAAGGACAGGGCCAAAUGGUCACGCGACACUGUUCAACCAAGUAGAAGGUGUGCUUGUGUUUAUCAAAACAUUGACCAAGUGAUCAAAAAUUUUCACAACAGCGGACGUUGAGGUCGUACAAAACAGGAAUGGUACUACCUAUUAACUUCUACAGGACAAGAAUCAAAGAACCAGUCAUCAUAACAAGAAUAAAAAGUAGUUCAAAUUUAUUAAUUCUCCUUGUUUGUUUUUUUGUGUUCUUUCGUGUUGACUUUACGCAUCUGGUGCUUUCUUUGCUUGUUGUCGUACCUGCAAUGUUUUAAUUUUAUCCCAGAUAAUCAGUGCAUGUUUAAUGAGUAGCGAACUACAUCAUUUACAGUUGAAAUUUGUCUUCUUUCUUUGAUUUUUUUAACUGUGGAUGAACAUUUGGAGAAUCCAACAAUAAUAAAUCUUUCCAGAUUUGGUGAUUUUUCAGAAACAAAGCGGUUAAUAACUACCUUGCGCUUAUGAUCUUUAAUUUUAUUCCCGCAAAUUCGGCAAAGUGAGGCGAGAUGCAUGUUGGACGAGAAUAUCCAUAAGACUAAUAAAGUUGUUUUGGCCUUGAAAAGAAAAAAGACAAAGGCUCGAAUUAAUUCGAAAAAAAGUAAUAACACGGCUCUGCCAUGUCUGCGUGAAACCUGGGAGUGGAACACGUUCGAGUUUUGGACCGUCGGAAUUCAAAAAUGGUCUACCAAAAUUCUAGGAGGGUCUGGAUAGGGGGGCACAAAUGUCAGUUGUCAGUUAAAAUUUAGGCUAUUUGUCAGCUGUCAGUUAAAUAGCUAUCAAUAAUUAACUAUGAAACUUAUUUGUAUAUUUGUGAUGCGCAAUUUGGCUUAACAGGCACAUAUAAUGUAAAUUAAACAUUAAAUUCGAAAACUGAUGCCAUACUACCUUGGUUUUUAUCAGCUUUGUUAUUGUAAGCAUUUCAAGUGACCCCCCUUUUCUCAAGUCUUGUGUUACUUUUCUCCACUCGAACAUUUUUGCUGGCCAGAGUGCAAGAUUGUCAACCGUUAAGCCAAUCAAAAUUAUACCUUCAGAAUAUUUUAUACGCAUUAUGCUUGAGUCUUGCGUCUGUGGAUCUCACGCAUCAAGGACAAUUUCUCACAUCUGACUCUCAAAUCCGGACAAAUUGUUCUUAACACAUGAUGACUUUGUGUCCUUUUUUGUGUUCUAACGAAAUCAUACCAAAGCACGCUAAAAGUGUCGUCUUUUAAGUAGCUUCGAAAGUGCUCAAACGUCAGGUCUUCUGGAACAUCUGCGGACUUUUAACUUUCGGCAACGUUCGGAAGUCUUCGGUAAUUCGUCGGAAAUCUUUGGAAGUCGCCGGGACGUUUCGUGAAAUCUUGGUUAUGACAAGGUAAAAAUCUGACGCAUUUGACUCAGAAAAAGCUGGCAGGUAUAAUAUUGGGACGUAGAUCGUAAGAAGACCAAGAAAACCGUCUCUGAAUCAUGUCAGUAAAACCCUGCAAUUAAUUGCCUUUGUAACGCCAUCAUCCAUUACGGAAUCGCGCCUGUAGAUACGCGUCGCUAGUAAAUGCAAAUUUUUCUGUCAAUCAAAUGUGUCCUAUUAUUUGUAGGUGGAAAUUGAUAAAAUAUCAUUAUUGUUUUGGAGACAAUAGAAGAACAAAAGAUAACAGAAAGAUCAAGUUAUGCGGUCUUAAAGAGUGUUGCGUGACUUAAAUCAGUUGGAGCAUUUCUCCUAGCUUUUCCGCAUUAAAACGUUGGAAUGAAAAGUCUGAAGCUUAGCUUUUAAAAUCUUGAUAGCCAAAAUAAAAGGGGUGCCCCAAAAGGCAAGCAUUUGGGAAUUCAAAAUCGAUAUUUUUGUCUACAGCGAAAUCCGGCGGAUGAACGGUAAUUUGCAUAUAAGCGUAAGUGAAGCGAAAUAGAUACAAAUUGCCGUGGUUGUAAACACAACGUUUCCUCGAAGUUUCUUUUUCCUUUUGAAAGCGUAAAUUCGCAUGAACAACUCAGCUUGCACAAAAUAAUAUAAAAUGAAACGAGUCAAAUCGAAAAGUGGCAAAAAAAAGUCAGGAUAUUUCAAUUCGAUGGAAAGUAAGUGAUUGGGUAGGUGAUUUGCAUACUGAUAAAAAUAACUUCUAGCGAAGUUCAAAACCGUUCGGCUUCCUGAAUUGUUUUCCUGGAAUUCUAUACAUUCUGCUGGCCCAAAUUGUUAAAAUAUGUUAUGAAGUCAAAAUAUUUAUCAAGUUGAGCGUUUUCAUUUCCUUAUAAAACAGAGAGUAGCGCGAAAGCUUCGAUUUAUAGAUUUUCUUAAGUUAAAUUACCUUUGUAUCGUGGAAACAAUACCCUAACACUUGAGUCUUGAAUCAAAGGACGCGACAUGCGUCGGCUCCCUUUGUGAGCGCGCAAAUAGUCAUGGGACCCGCGAUUUUGCGGGCGACACGUAUCUACAGGCGCCGUUCCGUAGCCAUCGUAUGCUGGCGCGUUCUCAGAGAAACGUAAAUUUGAAAUCAUACGUCAUUUGCAGAUGGUACGUGACACACAUGAGAUUUUAAGCGUCUUGCUGCUAAGAUUACCCGUAAAAACGCACAUUUGAUCACAUCAUACGAUAAAAAGAGUGGAACAAUGCUAUUCAAGGCCUUAAGAACAAGUUUUGUAGAAAAUAAAGGACUGUCAGGUCCUUUGUCAGUUGACAGGCAAAUGUCAGAAGUCAGUUAAAUUUUCGGCUAUUUGUGAGUUGUCAGUUGUCAGUUAACCCCAUCCUGACCCUCUUCUAGGUUGUCUACUAUCCCCACGUUCAACGUGAUAGACGUUAAUGGAUAUGACAAUUAAGGAAAAAUAUCUAGAACGGCGUAGAAAAAUCUGUAAAUCAAAAAAACUAGAUACUUGUUCACCAACCUUGAAAACCGACCAAAAUCUCGCCUACAUCGUGUUGUUUAAAAGAAGAAAUAAGCCACAAAAUGUGCUGAAUAUUUCACGAGACACUUCCAAUAUGGCUUUCGAUACGUUGUCCACUUAAAACAAAUUGUGUAUGCCUCAUGAAAAGUCUUACAAAUAUGCCAGAGAGUCUCGAAACGGUGACUGUGAUGGUUUAGGUAAUCUAUCCGCCAUUUUCUUCGUGAAAAAGAGCUCCAUGACGUCACAACUGUCCUUAAAUUUAGGGAUAUUCCGGACUGAUCAAGGUAGAAGAAAAAAAAGAGACUGUUCGUGAUGUACGGUUGAAUUGUCGCCUGCAAAUUUUCAUUCAUGCUUAUCUUUUCAGGUUCGAGUCUUUGUGUCAUUAAGCCACGAAGAUCAGUCGUCAGUUGUUCAUGCGCCUUCUGCUGUGUGGGCAGAGUCCAUAAGUACAGCUGGAUUUCAGUUAUGCUCGCGUGCAACAGGUUCUACAAAUAACACUGGAAUUAUCAACUGGGUAGCGUUUCAGGACAAACCCAUGUUAACGCAUGGAAGCGUUACUUUUAGUGGAAUAUGGACAACAGAAACCAAGUGUGAGAAGGUGGCUUUUUCUCAGGUUAGAUAACAAUAAUUGAUAACAAGAGUAUAAUUUUGUUAUCAGGAUGUAAAACGUAAUUAAAUAGUAGAAACAAAUGAAAUAGUAUCAGAAAUUAUAGUUCUAAAACAAAGAUUUAAUUAAUCUGCUCCCAUAAGCCUUUGAUAAAUCCUUAAUUUCAUUUAAGUGCCACUGAGCACUUCAUUGAUACGAUUAUGUUGAUUUAUAUCUCGAGAAGCUUGUUUAUUUUUCAGUCAAUAGUUUUUCAUAUAUCUAACAUUUUUUUGCAGAGCUUUGCUUCCAAGCCUCGUGUAUUUGUCUCUGUUAAGUACACUCGCAGUACUAAGCCAAAUGAUGCUAUGUACUUAUGGUUAGAAAACGUCAAUUCUGGAGGAUUUGAAGUGUGCUUAAGGGAAUUCUUGCCCUUUGAUGGAAAGCACCAAGAUGCAGUUGUGGUAAGUGAAGAAAAAUGCUCGAGUAAACUUUAAUAUUGAUGAAAUAUAAAUAAAUAAAUAACUUGACUUUGCCACACUUCGGCAGCCCGUACAACCAAUUACCUAGAACGUUCGUAACACAAUUAAGGUCAGUGUCCUGUCUCACGUGUCUCAUGCAGUCAUUUCUUGUUAAAGGAAGUGUCGUUCGAUGCCUGACGCAACUCGUCUUGUAAAUUAAACAUUAUUUUCUUGUCCACAGGACUGGUUCGCAUUCACUGGAAAUGGGAGUCAACUUAAUUUCACAAUAACUGGAGAAGAAAUCUUUCCAAACAGUGGAAAUCCAUCGGCCAAAAACAACUACGGCUUCUGUCAGGUGAAAACUUUAGUUCUAACAAGAACAUUUAGCAAGCCACAGAACAUUUUCAGUGGUUGAGGUCACACAAGAGAAAACUUAAUAUAGUAAACCCAAAUUUACCAGGCCAUGGUGAUCGACAAUUUAUCCAAAAUGGCAAUUCCCAGAAGAAAGUGACAUGCUUAUCUCGCGACUUGAAUGUGCGCAUAUUUUGGGAUUUUUAAACUUCGCGACUUUGCAAGAAUUUUAUAUUUCGAAUCACUUCAAUUUCGCGCUGUUGAGUGGGCGAAUAAUUGAGGUGGGGACUUUACAGAUGAUGGGCAAAAAUAGAGGGAGAAGUGAGCACGUUCACAUCCAUUUACUAACCUACAUUACUUUUUUACCUAUUUACAGGAAGUACCUUUCAAUAGGACCUUUUACAAAUCGCCAAUUGUGAUUCUUUCCGUAAAUCAUGAGUAUAAUAUUCAGGUCAAGGGAAGCCGUCUUCCAGAAAAUAAUAUAAUAUCGUCCUGGGUUGAGGUAGGUUUGAAUUUUUAUUCUAACCUGAGAAAGAAGCCGGCAUUUCACGCUACGCCACCACUAGUUUUUCCACAAAAUGACGUCUGAUGAACGACGAUAGCAAAAAUUGUAUACUGACGAUGUGUCAACUGGGCAUGCAGUGCUUCUGAUUGGUUGAUUAGAAAACUUCCAUUGCGGCACGACCAAUCAGGAGCAGUAUCUUGAUCUGGGAAGUGCAAAGUCAUCAUUAUGGGAUUUCUUCACUCGUUCCACAGACGCGCCGCGAAAUGGGGUUUUCCUUACUGGAUGAUUAUUCUUGUUCAAUAAGGGAAGAGAAGUAAUCCGUAUAUUCUAGUAAAUUGAUAAAAGGACCGUGAAAGAGCCAUAAGAAACAGAUAAUUUGGAUCUGAUCCGUAAAUUUCAUGACUUGUAUUGUCGUCGUAGAAAUUAAGAAGAAAUUAUGGAUUUUGCUUAUGGAUUUGCUGUAGGUUGGAUUAGAAUCUAUGAGGAUAUGCGUUAAAGACCUCAGUGGAUUAGGAUCGAGUCAUGAUCCCUUGAUUGUCAGCUACGCUGUUACUGGAGGUUGUUAAUUAAUUUUCUUAUUGUAAUGAUCACUAUUUCUAGAAUUAUUGUUAUUAUUAUUAUUAUUAUUAUUGUUUUUAUUUUUAUUGAUAUCUUUUAGAAGUUUUUAUUUGUAGGAAAACUUUUCAUGAUGAUACAAUUAACGAAACGCUGGAGUACAAACAAUGAUAUACCUUAUUCAUGUUACACUCUACCUUUGCACGCACUUAAGGAUUGAUGGAAUAAGAGCAAUUAGAGGGCAGAGAAGUAUCAAAAUUGCCAAGACGAGUAAUCGAGUAAUCGCGGUCGAGUUUGUUUAUUCCCUCAAAAUAAGACGACGAUUCUAGUCAUGCAAAAUGCAAAAUGUAAAGUUCGACAAGUUUUACGUCAUAAUUCCUUGCUGUGAAGACUUCUACUGUCGCGUACUGCAUUCAAAAUCACUUCCACCCAUAUUUUGCGAUUUUCGUUUUUAUUGUUGAAACUUCUUUUCUAUUGUGUGAUUUGUAUUUGCAGAUUUUAUCUCUUGUUUGUCCCCUGAGAAACCACGUAACACUGCUUUAAUUUAUAUCAUCAGCCUUAAGCGCGUGCAAAGAUGGCGGGUAUCGUUAAUAAGGUCUACUAACGAUAAAAAUAAUUGGUUGAGUUGCCGGUAUGUAAACAUGUCACUGCUAUUUAGGUUUAAUUCAAAUAUGAAAAAUAUAUUAGAAAUUUAUGUUUUUUCCGAAUAGAUAACCACUCAAUAUUUUUAUGUUUUUUUUAUUCUUGGUGCAGAUCUUAAUCCUUGCCUUAAUAUGCAUUGCCCUCGAUUUGGGGUCUGCAGAACCUACAGUGCGCAUGACGCUCGGUGUGAGUGCGAUGACCAAUGUCCUUCAUAUAAAGACCCAGUGUGCACUGCGAAUGGAACAACUUACGACAACCGAUGCUGGCAUAAGUUAAGUUAUUGCAGAGGACUUGAAAAUAAUAUGGUCUAUCACCCAGGAAGCUGUGAAGGUAACGAAAACUAAUUUCAAAGAUUUUUUUGGCUGUAUAUGCCACAUAAAAUAGUCUGGCAGUUUUAAAGCUCUCGAUUGCUUAGAAUUAUAGUUGUUGGCUCAAAGUUGCAUUCAAUUUGGCUUCUAGCUAUGGGAUGUUUAUAACUUUCCGUUACUUUUAAGCUCACUUUUAACUCCUCACGCAGGCUAAGCAACAAUAGACAGCUGUAACAAGCUACUUCGUCUCUCUACUUUGGCAAACAAACAUAUAACAGCCCAGACUAUAGCCGAUGUUUUAUCUGUGUAAGAUCUUUUAUUCUCUUUUGCCUUGCAAUCUAGUUUUUAUCGCGUAAAAUUAGAUUUAUACAAAUUUGCUCGGGGCAAAUAUGGUUCAAAAAAGUGCAAAAGAGGAGGAAACGAAGUCAAAGAAAAGGUGGUAAAUAUCACAUUUACAUACCAGUCUACAUCGAUUUGCAUAUUUGAGGGCAAAUGCAGUAUUUAUUAUCUUUGCCCUUGAUUUCAUCCUCUUUUGCACUUUUUUUUUUUGCACCUUAUUAGCACUGAGUAAAUUUGCUGAAAAUCAAAUAUUUCGCGCAGUGGCGCACGCUCCUACGCGUACAUGUCAUCACGUACGCUUUUGAGUUCUAAUUUUUUUGUUGGCCUCCUCCAGUAUUGCACAUGUUUAUCUUUAUACUGGCAUAUGUUUAUCUUGGGCACUGAAACCAGCAACCAGCAUGCAAUAAUAAGCAGCCACUAAACAUUUCAUUGUUGAGGGUAGCCGACAUUACAAGUUAUAGCCUACUAGUUCUAGUUCAAUUUCCACGCUUUUUUUAUUACCACCCUUCACCACUUAGAGUUACAGGACAACGCAAGCUAAUGAAGCUACGACCUUAGCGAUAAUGCUUAAAGAGUACAGUAAUGCUUCCUUAUAAAGUACUUAAUUUAUUAUAAAACAGGUUUUCCAAUUGUACGGGGCCGUAUAGAUCUGCUACAGGUUCCAAAAUGGUCAGAUUCAAACUGUCAGACAGUCACAUUUCCUCCAUACCGGUUUUAUCCGGAUAAGCAAGUUCAUGUUCAAAUAACCGUCAAUCACAUGAAGCUCAAUGACUCUGUGACAGUCCACGAUGCUGUUACUUCAUGGACAGAAAGUAUCAACACAAAAAACUUCACCGUCUGUGUCAUGCAAACCGGGAGGAAAGAAGAACCUGCGAAUCCAUUUGCCACCAUUGAUUGGGUGGCUUAUCAAGGAGCCCCACCCGAAGGAUUGACGGGAACGGUUGAGUUGCAGAAAUGGUGGUCUGGUACCAACUGCGCAGAUGUGACUUUUCCUACGGUGAGAGAUUAAUUGAUGCAAGUCCCCAUGGCAAAUGUUAGACUUUCAUUCACCCGACAGCUUUAAUCCACGCUGUCUUUAAAUUAAAAAAUAACGGAUCAUUACGAGGUAACUAAGAAGAAAAAUGACGAUUGCUACAAUAAAUAACAAGACAAGGUUAGGUAAUAAAUAAGAAGGGGAACUUACUCAGCGAUUAGUUGCGUGUAAUUUUUGCAGCAAUAUUCAUCUUAACUAGAUUUCAGUUGUUUUUGCGUAUUUUUUUGGCUUUUUCGUCAGGGCAAGUUUGAUGAGGCGCCAAUAGUCCUUGUGACGUCAGAGCACCUGAGGACUGGUAAAGAGUAUGAUGCUGCUCUCAUUUGGAUUGAGGACGUAACUAAGGACUCAGUUAAAGUCUGUCUUCGUGAAAUGCAAAACUUUGACGGUAGACACCAAGAUAUCACUGUGGUACGUUCUUAGUGAUUUUCUUAGAAACUGGAACGCGACUGUCUGCAAAAUUUGUGAGGAUUGUUGGUCUGUUAACCAUAACAGGGCGGGUAAGAUGAAAUGGCAUUGAUAACUUUAAAGAUCGUCCGGGCGAGUGAUGGUUCAGUCGAAAGAAGGGAACUGCAGAAAGAAAAACUUAAAAAGAAACAGAAAUAUAAUAAUAACGAAAAGAAGAAAAAGAAGAAAAAAAACUGAAUAUCAUUACAAGAAGUGAAUUUUAAAUAGCACGCAAAUUGGUCUGCCUUGUCCCCAUGCUUCCCUUCCUGACGUUUUUACGCGAUUCCCCCGAUGUCGUAAAAAAUUGUGGAUUUGCAACCUUUCCUUGACUUUUUGCGCUAUUUAUUAGUUCACAAAUUUAUAGAGUUCAAAAUGCUUAGGUUCACUGAAAGGGCCUUGAAAAUGCAGUUGAUUUUAAAUAAAUUUUCUGUGGGUAUGUUACAAGACUGUUACAAGUAUGGGUGGCAUCAUUUUUGCUUUUUCCUCUUUUCACAGAACUGGUUUGCCUUCUCCAAACUGCACAAGCCUCUUUUCACUGAACAUGGCGUCAUAAGUUUUCCAAAUACGAACCCACCUUCGGAUAAAAUGAACAAUGCUUAUUGUGAGGUGAGAAAAGAAUUCUUUGCAAAAUUAUAAGCAUAAGCGUGCUAUUCACAGGAUUUUCCGUCACAAAUAUUUAGCUUACUUACAUCACUGUUUAUAUCUUGAAAACACCUAUAGUCAUAUAAACUGUACGUGGUAGAGAUCAAAGUAACCAGAAAAGCUAAGAAGCUGGUUCACAAAAUAAUGUUUGAAAAACGUUAAUCAAAAUAUUAAAAGGGCAGUUCGUUCUGUUAAAAUGAUUAAUUGCAAAUAUUGUUUGUCCAAGACUUCAAAAAUAAACACAACCUAAGGUAACUAAAGUUAAAGGAAACAGUGUUAAACGUUGUAUGUUUCUCUUCCAUGGCAGUUCGUCACAUUCACGAGAGCUUAUAACUCGACUCCGACAGUGCUUGUCUCAGCCAAUCACAGCACGACAGUAUCUGGGAAUUCAGCACCGAUCCACAACGGAAUUACAACUUGGAUCGAGGUAAAAGUUUCCGUCAUGGGGCGAAUGUGUAGGGAUGUGUCCUGGCAAAAAAAAUUUAAACCGAAGCUCGACGAAAGAUAAAACUGAACAGAGUCACGCUUGAGGCGAUGUAUAGGUCGAUAAUAGAUGUGGCUCAAAAUGGACCAAGAAAAUUUGAGAUUGCUUAUUGGCUAACUUCAUGUUUUCGAUCGCGAAUGUAAUUAUGUAGGUAUUAUUCAUUAAAGUUUGAAUAAUAUCUUUAAAUACUCAGGCGCCGCGGUGGUCUCAAACUUUAAAUCUGACGGUUCGGGUUUAAACGUUACCGUAGUUUUUUCUUGGAACAAGUCAUUUGCUGUCUUCAUCAACGGGGAUCAAGGUUUAGCCAGACUGUUUGGGCCUUAUGAGCGAAUGCACAGAAAAAUCGAGCAAACAGUGGCCACAGCUCGAAACCUAACCUACCCUCAUUUUAAGUCUGUAAUAAGGUUUUAAUGAAUUUAUAACACUGCUGAGGUUUAAUUUUCAAAAUGCGGCCGAGUUUGGGAAUUAUUUGAGAUUUUCUAUUUCAACGGUCUGCGGGCCUAAAAUUAGCCCCCGAACACGGCAAUAUAGCCUAGCGACAGAAAUGAGCUGACUUUCAUAAACGAGCGAAUAUAUUGCCAAUCUUCCACUUAAAUCUCAAAAAGCAGAUAUCUAACAAUUUCUGAAUGGCUUAUUUUUUAGAUUUAGAGUAUAAAAUAUCGACGAACCAGCAGAAUUUUGAAACGUAAUUUGCAUAAUGCUUAUAAAUACAACAAUUUACCGCUAAAACCAAAAUCGAAUUUUCUAUAUGGGGGAAUUCUCCAAAUCACCCCAAAUCCCGCUUACUACCUAAUGAGAUACAGUACUUCAACAUUAUCUGAAAGUUAGUCUGGUGUUCUUGCGAACGCUUGUAAAAUAGAUUGAUUAUUUUGAAGUUAUUUUGCCCCAAACAACUGCUAAUUGACCCCAGGGUCAAUUGACACGUGCACGUCACCUUAGUUUUAUGCAUCGAUUUGAGCUCGUUAAAAGGGAGAAACUAACAAGAUUCUUUUAAUAUGUACCUGUUUUAAUGAAAUACACGCAAUCUUCAAAGGAGAGGCCGUUCAAUGGGUAAUUUCUGUUCUUGAGAUCUUGCAGAUUGUACCAUGGCGUCUGCGAGUGGACCUGAGUCUAGGUCUGUUUUCCCGUGACUGCGAAAUCAGAAUAACAUCAUGAAAUAAUUCUCUCUCGAACCUUCGUAAAUGAAUCAGCUUUGCAGUGCCUUACCUGAAAUAAAAAGUGGGCAGAAUAGGAAAACAUUCUAGCGCAAUUUGGAUCCUUUGCAGCACGCAGUGUAUUUGCUAAACGGGUACGGUAUCAGUUACUCACCUCCGAUUGCGUGACCACGCAAUUAUAGAUUGUCUCCAGCGAAAAAUAAGUGCAUGUGAAACCAAAGCUUUCGGGAUACAGUAAAUUCAUUUUCCUGUAUGACCAGGUGUACUUUUGUCCUAUUUUAAAAGCGGUUAACUAAGAUGAUUAGCAAACAUACUGUCCCACUUUUAAAAAUGGUACAGUAACUGAAUGUUCUGUUCUUCUGAUUUUACCCCUAACCCCGGAGUGUUCAGAAGAUAUAUUUGCACUACGCAUGACAGGCAAAUGGAUUAAAUUUUAAGGUUCAAGGCGGUUUUCAGGCAUGGGUUACCAGUGGAUUAGUCAGACUUGUCAUAAGGUACAUUGAACAGAAAAUUACAGGCAUGAUAUCUCUCCUAUUGUAUGUCCAUUAAGUGAUUUUCCAUCAAACAUUAUUUUUUUACUUUUUUACCCCAAAAGUUUUUUUCGUUCAAUUCUUAUCUAUGAGAUGUAAACUUAGUCAAAUUUCUGUAAUUUAUUGUUAAAUGCAAAUCUGCAAACAACUAAGUAUUCAAUUUUGCGUAAAAGCUACAUGAAAUUGUACUGUUUAGCCGUAAAUCAUUAAAAAGAGAAAGCAUCAUGCUUUCUCUUUUCUAGUAGUUCUUCUCCAUGUCUGCUAAGGGGGAAAUAGUUUGCUCUUUUCAAGAAAUUGUUCUUGCCCAUUGCGGUUUCAAACCAAGGAUAGCAGCAAGUCUGUCGUGGUCAUAUACUGCUACUUCAGUGCAAACGAAGCAUAGGCGCACAAGUCAGCGCUUGCGUUUAGUCAGGUGCCGAAAAUGAAGUGGAAACUUAACCCUAAGGGCGUCCAUGUUCGCUCCGGCUCGAAAAGGUAGAAUCAGUUGUGCAGUAAAAAGUAAUGCGAAAAACCUGCGGGGGCUGGGGAAAGAAAGGCGUCUUAUUUUUCUUUGGCUUGUUCUAUUUUCGCGACGUGCUACAGGUUACGAAAUACUGACAAGCUCAGUAUGUGUCUUCACCACCGAGAGCCACUUGCCCUUAGCCAGACACGCCCCUCACGUAUCAUGUUUCGUUCCUAAAGUUAUUUCAAAGCACAGAACCAAACCUAAUCAGCGGCCGAAGGCAGAAAGGGGGAUGAGCAAACGGAUGUCACAGCAUAUUUUGCAAGAAACCGGUAUCCUUGUGCCUAUCGGUUCAGGAACGAUUGAUUACUACUAGAAUUAAUAUCAGGGUCAGAAUUUGAGUGCUACAAUGGGACGGAAGGAAGAAAAGAAAACCGCCCCGCACCUGUUAAGUCUUUUAUAAACUUUCUCGUCCUGACGGUCUCAAAGAAAGGCGUUGUGGCUGCUAUUUAAUUUACAGUGUCUGUUGCAGGAGUCGAAUUAAUCCUACAGCAACUGGAAACGUGGCCACGCCUGCGAAAACUGAGAUUGCUUGUAGGAUAUUCGGCCAUAGUUUGGUAUAUUCACGAGCGCGUUUUGUCCAGUGAACUGAGCGCGUAGUUUUUCUUAACGAAGGGAUGGGGUGGGUCAAGUGAAUAGUUCGGGGAACGUUUGCUCUCUUUAGGGGGCGGGGGGGGUAUAUUUGUUGAUAUCAGGAGUUCUGGCCUCGAUGGAGUCGUUGUAAAGCUAUUUUUGCUUCGGGGUAUCGGUUUACCGGAAGCUGAGUAAGGAAAAUUCAAUGGUGCAUUUAUGGAAUAAUAAUAGAGAUUCUCAUGGUCUAACAGUGCGAAGAUUAGACUUCUGGUAAGGUGGCAACGAUCAAGGCCCGCUUUAUAAUUCAUGAUAAUUGAAGGUCAUGAUGUGGAAAAAGCGACUGAAAUGGUGGAUGCCAUGCAAUCCUCUCGGGUGGGGGCGGCGCACCUGGCCUUAACGGUUGCCCCUUCGACAGAAGGCAAGCAUGCCCAGAUUGUCCAUGGGUUGCUAAAUGAGACCGUCCCUUUCUUAGUACCCGUUCCAUGUCUUUUUAUUAGACCCGGGCAAAUUUCUCGAGAUUGCACCAUCAUUUUGGGCUUUUAAGCUUCCAAAGUCCAACAAUAAUAGCGCAUGUUCGCGACGGUUUUUUAAGUCAGUCAAGUUCUGAAACCAGGCCUUAAACGGCCAGUUUUAAGUGUCGAUAACAGUUAAAAAGGCAUACAAGCCCUAUGCAAAAGACAGUGGGAAGGAAGUGCACAUCGGUGAUGGGGAAAAAGGACUAGCCCACAGUUAUUUAGGGGUGGAUCUUUCGAAACAUUCUUAUACUCUUGGACAGAUAUGCAUUGUUUAAAGUUUUAGACAAACCAGGUGUAAAUUUAUAGUAACAAACUGUUAAAUAUACAUCAGCAAGAUUUUUGCGUAUCCUAUUUUUCGCUGGAGACUAUCGUUUACUGGCUGGUCACGCAAUCAAAGGUAUCGUACUUUCCCACGUUUGUUUACUGACCUUUCGCUCGGCAAUACACUGCGUUCCACAAAGGAUCCAAAUUGCGCUAGAAAUGUUUUGCUAUUUGGCCCACGUUUUAUCUCAGGUAAGGCACUGCAAAGCUGAUUCACUUACGAAGAUUCGAGGCAGAAUUAUUUCUUGAUGUUAUUCUGAUUUCGCAGUCACGGGAAAACAGACCUAUAUAGACUCAGGUCCACUCGCAGACGCCAUGCUGCAAUCUUCAAGAUCUCAAGAACAGAAAUUACCCAUUGAACGGCCUCUCCUUUGAAGAUUGCGUGUAUUUCAUUAAAACAGGUACAUAUUAAAAGAAUCUUGUUAGUUUCUCCCUUUUAACGAGCUCAAAUCGAUGCAUAAAACUAAGGUGACGUGCACGUGUCAAUUGACCCUGGGGUCAAUUAGCAGUUGUUUGGGGCAAAAUAACUUCAAAAUAAUCAAUCUAUUUUACAAGCGUUCGCAAGAACACCAGACUAACUUUCAGAUAAUGUUGAAGUACUGUAUCUCAUUAGGUAGUAAGCGGGAUUUGGGGUGAUUUGGAGAAUUCCCCCAUAUAGAAAAUUCGAUUUUGGUUUUAGCGGUAAAUUGUUGUAUUUAUAAGCAUUAUGCAAAUUACGUUUCAAAAUUCUGCUGGUUCGUCGAUAUUUUAUACUCUAAAUCUAAAAAAUAAGCCAUUCAGAAAUUGUUAGAUAUCUGCUUUUUGAGAUUUAAGUGGAAGAUUGGCAAUAUAUUCGCUCGUUUAUGAAAGUCAGCUCAUUUCUGUCGCUAGGCUAUAUUGCCGUGUUCGGGGGCUAAUUUUAGGCCCGCAGACCGUUGAAAUCGAAAAUCUCAAAUAAUUCCCAAACUCGGCCGCAUUUUGAAAAUUAAACCUCAGCAGUGUUAUAAAUUCAUUAAAACCUUAUUACAGACUUAAAAUGAGGGUAGGUUAGGUUUUGAGCUGUGGCCACGAUUUGCCGAUUUUGCUCGAUUUUUCUGUGCAUUCGCUCUUAUAGCUCCUGCGCCACCAUCAUACCCAUUAUUAGGGGAAAAAAGGAUAUUUUGGAUAACAUUUGAACCUUUUAAUUCUUUUAGCUUUUAUAACUUUGUUGUUUCUAAACCUUCCAAUCUUUUAAUUUUCUAGCGGUCUUUGCAAGCUUUCAUCAAACCACGGUUUUCAGUUACGGCGAAUAUGUUUGCAUUUUUAUGUCACAUAAAAAGACUGUAGGAGAAAGGUUUAAUUUCAGAGACUAUUCUAACAUUCACUCCACGUUAACCCAGUUGUUUAUGGUUACAACUGCAUAAAAUGUACCAGCUACGUUAAGUGUUUAUUUUUUCAGAACAUGAAUACCUCUGGAUUCAGAGUGUGUGUCAAGGAAGUAUACGGGACCAGAUAUGACCCCUUGUCCGUCAGUUAUGCUGUGCUUACAGGUCUGUAAUAAGUACUGAACUCGUUUAUGAAGUAGUUUUUGGCAAACAUCUUACCCGAUUCAUGAGGAAUUAUAAAUACUUUGGAAGUGCUCUAAACUAACACAAGCAUAUGGUUUGCAAGUCAUGCCGAGUGAGAGUCAAGAGGGUAACAAAAUUCCAGUCGUAGGGUAAACUGCAAAACAGUCGGUUUUUUCCUCAAAAUCAGUAAAGAAAUCGGUAACGCGUGGCGUAAGAUUCUUAUGCGCGCGAACCGCGCGAGCCUCACACGCCCGUAGGGGCGUGAGGCGAGAGAAAAAAACCAGUCUCGCUCUCUGUUUUCAGCCUCGUUCCACACCUUUUGUUUGACUGCUCGCGCUUACUUGAAUACGCAAAAAUACGGACUGUUUUGCAGUCUAGUCGCAGGGUACCAUUUUGAAGUCCUUGUCUCAAAGAAAUUAGGGACCUUAAGAUGUGAGGACGGCGACGGCAGGUAAAACGUCGCUUAAAAAGUGAAUUCGGAGUUUUCAAUCUUCAUCGCGAUAUUUCCAUCUCACUUACUUUGUCGAAAGUACGCUACUCCUCCUGAAGUUGAAUUCCUGAGAGCCUUAUAACAGUUAAGCCGAGAAAGAGAAGGAAAAUGUCGUCGUUGCUUGUUUACGUCCUCUAAAAAACAUGAAACUAGGUAUUUUCACGUUGUUGUAGUCGUGCAACGACGGCUAAGAAAUGUAGAAAAAAGCGUGAUGGCACGUGCAUAGUUGUUGUUUUACUAUGAUUAAACCUAUUGCUUUUUGGCCGUUCUCAUUGUCGUCGCCGUCGCCGGAUCUUAAGGUCCCUAAUAACUCAUAAUGACAGAAGACCUCAGUUGCCGAAAUGAAAACUAUCAUGCAUCGAACAAACGUUAAAAGUUAGUGUUGCUUCAGAAUUUUUACUCUAAUUUGAAAAAGUGAACCUUCUUUCAUCAUUGUAACACCACUCCUACUCUCCUCAAGAUAAAAAUUUAUAAUGAUGAUGGUCUACUCGUUGCCCCGAAAAAAGCGUUAAUUAUUUUUAAAUAUAUUUUCUUAUCACCCUUGCAGUAAUACUCCUACAAAAGUGCCGCUAAGGAUAAUUAAUAUCUAUCAAUCCGACCAUAAUCAUAUUUAUUAUAUAAUAAUUUAUAUAUCAGCAAUCUAAAUCUUUUCUCCUUUUUACAUUUUGUUAGAUAUUUGUGAUCCUGGCUGGAACUAUUUCAACGGCUUUUGCUAUUUCACAAGUAAGACUUGUCAAAAUUGGACCACAUCACUGGAUAAAUGCCGACAAGAAAACUCAGUUCUUAUUGAUGUCCAAAACAAUGAAGAAAAUGUGUUUUUACAGCAUCUUCACAAUGGAGCAAAAUCCUGGCUGGGAUUGAAUGAUAUUUUCACAGAGGGCUCCUUUACUUGGGCAGAUCGUGGUACUGGGAACUUUACAGCUUGGGCCAAAAACCAACCCAACAAUUUUCGAGAUGAAGACUGUGUGCAUACACUUGGUGUUGAAUACAAAUACGAAUGGAAUGACGUGAAAUGCAGUGGCUGUCAUCAGUAUACUUGCAAGAAAGGUAUAGUUUCUAAUGUAUGCUUACGUGUAAGGUUAUGGUCAUAAAAAGAGAUUAUUAUCUCUGAAAAAUUACAUGAUUAAAUGAUAUCAUGUCAUUAAACAGAGGCAAACAAAAGAGUUGAAAAAAAAUAAUUAAGUGAUGCAAUGAGAGAACUGAUGGAUAUGUUGCGGUGGGUCAUCCUUAGUGUUAAAACCUGUGAAGUUUUUCUUUGUUUUCUAUAUUGUAGCUACUAGUUAUAGCUAUCGCUAAGUGCCAACGAGCAAAGCUUUUACUUAUUGUUGGUUUUCACAUGACAUCACUAAAAUUGAAACUAAAAAACUAUCGAUCCUACCGUGAUUUUGCUUUCACGAUGAAUUAGAGCAGCUGAAAACUAAUUUUCAUACAAAUUUUCGCUUCAAAAGGGUUCUUGAUUUUGUGAUAGAGUACGCUUGAAUUUCUAAGCUUUUGCGUGACGCGGCAUUUACAUGACGGCCAAGAGAGCUGUCAUGUAGGUUAAAAAAAUGACUUAUCUCAGGAAAUUUUGCUAUCUAAACAGUUCAUGUAUUAGAAAAAGUAUUACUUUAAUGAAUGAGUUUCUCGAAGAAAAAAUUUGCGCUUCCGUAGCAAAACUCGGUAACAGAUGUUUCUGUUGGUUUCCCGGGGUGGGGAUGUGCCGCUGGGACCGUGGAACCCUUGACCUAUACCAGAGCUAGGUUAGCUGAAUUUUGCUACCCUAUACUAGAGUAAACUCCCAAAAUCCCUCUAUCCUAGAGUAGCUGUUUACCUAGUCUAGAUAAAAUCUUCAACCAACUGAUCAGUUUCGUGAAAAAUGAUACCCUAUUCUAGACCCAAACGCUCUGAUUUAUAUACCCUAUCCUAGAGUAAACUGCUUGAAAACCAUACUCUUCACAGCGGCACAUACCCAUAUAGCCCAUAUAUGGCAGUACCCCCCCGGGGUUGGUUUCCGUCCGCCAUGUUGGAGCUCAUCCAGGUGGACACCAGCAAGGCGUCUCUAUACUAUUUAAGUCUCUAUAAGUUUGGGUAAAACAUUUCUUCGGAUAUCUCGAGCUCGUAUACGAAAUAUUCCUCUGACCUGAAUCUUGGCGAGGGUCUCUGUAUAUGUACCUCCUUUCAUUUCGCAGAUCUGGACUUUAUCUAUUGAACGGUUUUGAUUUUUAUUUUGAUCUAUUUUGAAUGGCGUGACACUUAAAACCAGCAACACGCGCGCACUGUUCAGUGUUUUUAGAAAUGUCAUGAAUUACAGUAAUUUAUAAAAAAUAGAUUGAACUUAAUUCGAUCGCAUAAGCGAAAAUUACCUUGAGACGGGUGCGACCUUAAAGCAAGGGGCACUCAUAUACCAUUCUACUGCCAGGCGAGUACCUCACGCAUGAGCACAGUCCUAUCACUAUAAUAAUUACUGAUCCUCAUAAAAUUCUAUUGUUCUCUCUCUUCAUCAAAUCAACGAUUGCAGUCUUAAAGAUGCCAAAACAACUGUCUGUGGAAAAUGGGAGCGGUCCUUUUGUCAGUAGGGAAAUUAUCAGGGGGAAUAUAUACUAAACGCGCUAAAUAAAACAGCCUACAAUAUUUUUAAUAUUGCAGCCUGUUUUAGAAAAUUUAAUGUAUGUGUACAUUGCACUAUACUUGGUUGAAUGAACACGAAGGAUGCACACAGGACUCACAAGCACUCACACGACUCGUGGAUUCUCUGUUCUGUACUAUCACGUGUUCCCUCGAAAACAAUGCAUUCUCUGUUCUGCAUUACGUCGUAAAUGUUGCCUUACAUUACUAUAUGUUACAUCGAUUCGAGUUUUUUUCUGCCCCUGGAACAGUAUCUCGCACGGCCCUAUUAGGCUUGCGCCUCUCAGCCUCGCGUCUUCGCGAGGAUGCUUGUGUAAGGAAUUAUUUCCCUUGGCUCUAUUAUGUUGACUUAGCAGUGGCUUCUUUGUAUUAAUUGUUUUACGUCAUUGGUGAGGUUCACAGGUUUUUACACCGCGGAAUAUGACCCGCUGUAGUUCAAUUUUGUCCUUGGUUUAAAUUUUAUUUCCCUUUUUUCAAACUCAUUAUCAUACCUGAAUAACAUACCCCAAAAGAAAAGAAAAGAAAUUUAAACCGCAGGUGAAAUUGAACGCCAACUGAAACAAAUGAGUAAAUGACAAGCUUAUGAACAAUUUCUAAUUAUAAUUCAAAAUUCUUAUAUUUAUUAGAUUAAACGCCGGGGCGUUUGUUAAAUUUUUCGUUAUUCGAGUGCGGCGUAGCCUGCGUCGCAGACACUCUAAAUCUUCUGUAUAGAGAGUCUGCGAAUUAGUGCACAAUAUCGUGUUCGAAUCCCGUAGAGUAGCAUGGAUAUAUGUCGGCGUUAUUGAUUGGCUAUUUUCUUUCGCAGUUUGUGAUUAGUCCGAUUUGAAUUAAGCGUUGACAGGCCAAACAUGACUCAUAGCUCGUGACCAGAGAGAUUGAGCUCGUGAUAGUGUGAAACGUGACUUUAGAGACCUCUAGAGUAGCUUGAACAACAGAUGUUUUUCUUGCUCUCUUUUUGCGUAAUUUAUACAGUGCAUGGAGUAUUCUACAAUUUGACUGAGCAAAUUUUUUUUGCCUCUUUGAGUCUCACCUUUAGCUACAUUUAGAGGUUGUGAAGUUGGUCUGUUUCAUACAUAUUGAGUAAUUAGUUUUGUAGUUUAUUUUUUGGCAAAUGUUUUCUAAGAGGGUUUGAUCACAAAUGCAUAAAUGAUUUUCUUUUACCUCUGAUUAAGCCUUAAGCUUCUUUAUUGCGGCUAAAUAACCUAAGUGUCUAUGGUUUUCAACGAAACGCUUGGACCUGAAUAGCUACAUGUGUGUAGUUUUUUUUAUUUAUUUUUUUUUUUUAUCGUGAAUAACGUGAUGAUUUCUUCAUUUGUUUUGACUCUAGAACUGUCGGCUAGAUUACAGAAUACGCAAUAGUACAUCUGCAGCGAUUGGAAGACGCUGGGAAACCAGCCGGCAAAUUUACUAGCAAAUUUUGGCCUUGAAGGAAUUAUCUCAAAGCGUUUUUUUGCUCAGAAGACGGCUCUAAAGUUCGAACUGAUCUUUCGAUUACUCUUAAAGAUCCCUGCCAACUCCCUUCUGUGAAUUUUAAUUGACAUGUCACUGCGCCCAACCGUCACGCACACGUAAAAAUUAGGCCAAUCGUGCGGCUUGUAAGAAACCCGUAAGAAACCCGCCUAUCAGAAACGCUCACAUAUGUCCUUGCGACUCUGCAGGAUAUUAGAACGAGCUUUUGUGCACUAAUUCGCAGACGGACUAUACAAAUGGUUUAGACGAGUACGUGGGCCGGCUGCAACGCAGGCUAGUGCGGCGUUAAUUUAAUAUCCAUUUAUUUCUUGCAAACAAUAGUAUGGUAACUGAGCAUUUAAACUUUAAAAACAGAAACAUGUUUUAGUGCUUGUCUGACUAAAGUCAUUAUCUAUAUCUUUCUCAAUUUCACAAUUUGCAUGUUAAUAUACUACUGGAAAACAUAAAGUGAAUAAAGUUAAUUAUAUUCCUUUGAGCUUCGAAUGUACUGAUCUUAAAGCAUUGUUAAAAUCAAAGAAAAGAAUUUUUUCAGGCUUGCUCAAACAUGAUUAUUACUGCAUGCAUUUACUUUUUGAGUCUAUUAUUGGAACAAACGCUGCAUCAUGACGUGGCGUUUAUUCGAGGGCGGCGUUUAAUCGAAUAAAUACGGUAAUUAAAGAAUUGAUAGCUGCUGUAAUUGCAGUAACUAAACAUGGUAUCUUUCGUACAUUACAGAUCUGAAUGAGUGCAGCAGGGACAAAUAUUAUUGCCAUCGUUUUGCCACCUGUUCGAAUAAUCGUGGUUCCUUCACUUGCACUUGUGACCUUCAACAAGGUUUUAUGGGGGAUGGCUUUGAGUGCUCUUAUUAUGCAAGUAAGUGAUCUUAUGCAAAGAAUUAAUUUUACAAUGCCGAAGUUUAAAGAUCACGAGAAGGGCAAUUUUGUAUCAUUUUCAACCACCGAGAAAAGGGUUUGAAAACAAGGACAGGAAAUUUUUUGUAAAAUUUUUAACUAUUAAUCUGUAAUAUAAGAAACCAGUUUUAAGUUUGCAUGCCUUCUGUUACAAGCUGACUUUAUAUGACAAAUGAAGGGGUGUUCGAGCAACUCGCUCCCUUGACUUAGAGGUACCAGGUAUCUGGGCCUAGUUGUUCGAAGGCCGAUUAGCGCUUAACCCAGGGUUAAAUUUAACCCGGGUUUCUAUUUCUUUUGUUCAAAAGCAUUUUAAUUUCUCGGAUAAUUUUCUCUGUUAUUUUUAAGAGCAUCCAAUCAUCAACUUGUUUACAAAAAGAAUAAAACUGAAAUUACUCUCUAAGCUUUUAUUUCUGAAUUCAAAUUUCGCACUAACCCUGAGUUAUCUUAACUCAGCUUGAACAACUCGGCCCUGAUUUACAUUAGCUUACAUUUUGGGAUUCUUUAUUUUUCGCAGCAGUUCGAUCAUAUGUUUUCUUCUACAGCAUCACAUUCCGACUGCUGCUGAACAUAACUACAACAUAACCGCACUCCACUCUAACUGCGCAAAUAUUGCGAAAAAGGCUUAAUAAAUAACUUAAUGUUCGGGCUUGCCGACAAUGAGAGUAACGAACGCACUUUCCUAAUGAGUUUAGGGAUUUCCUGUUGAUCACCAAGGUGGAAAAAGUAAACCUAUAAGGUAUAAUAAUGACAUGAGCAAGAAACCAAUGAAAGCGUGACAGCUGAUACCACCGGGCUCUACCGUAAACCAAAACAGGAACUCUGAUGUAGGUAACAAUCACGGUCAGCGAUAAUCCCUAAACGUGCCCAAUUCAGGGGCUGACACUCAAAUUUUAACAUAUGACAAUUAUGUUGAAAAACUACUUAGAAAGGAAAAUAAUGGCAUUGAAAACCUGUCGAUACAAAAUAUGGAUGAACCUUGAUCUACAAACCUAAUCAUAACGAGACUCUAUAAGGUACGAGUGUAACGUCAAGUGCAAACAUGAAAUAGACUAAAAUAACCUACAAAAUACGUCUUCACAACAGAAAAUGGGACAUAGCGGCAGUACAGCUGUACCUCUUACUUUUCCCUUUUGUCGAGAAUUUUUCCGGUACCUUAAGUAAACAAGUGUUGGGACCUGAGGAGACCAUACAUCGCGCGUCUCAGUCAAAUCUUGAAAACUGGAAUAGUAAGUGACAAGAAAUAAUUACUCUCGACAUAUCAUAAAGAACGUAAAUGCAACCUCACCUGAGAAACAGGUUCUGAAAGGUAAUUAAAGCAAAGCCUGCGUGAAGUUCCCAAAACUCCCGGCCGUUAUGCGACGCUUUCCUCAAGCCAACCAAAAAUAAAUAAAUAAACCAUCAAACAAGAUCUGAACAGCAAAAGAAUUUUGAUACCUUUGUCUUUAUUUGUAAUCUCUCGAUAAGCGUUGUUUAUAUUAUUUUGGGGUGGUUUUUGAUCGUCAAGGGGACAUUACAAGUUUGGUUUGAAAGGACUCAAUGAUUUCAGCUAUUUCAGCUCUGUUUAGGAACAACCUGUUAACUUAGAAAAGAUGCGUGAAAAACGAGUAAGGGUAAUCUGAGUGAGCAAUCUCAGACUCUUGUAAAGUGAUUCAAAUUUUGGUGCAAGAUUAACAACAAAAAUGAUCAGUCAUUCGGACCAGCUUUCGAGUUCUAGUAUGCCCUGCUAUGGUAAAUUUAUACGCCAAAGUUAAUGAUAGUUAUGGUAAUAAAAUAAUAUUAGGAAUAACUAAAUCCUCAAUUUGUCUUAUAUGCUGUUCUUUGGCAUCUUAUUCGGCUGCAUGCCCUGUUGGAAUGGUGGAACAAUUUUGGACCAACUCCCCUCCUACUGUUGACGUUUUUUCCUCAUAAUUUAAAUGUUCUGGGUGUGGUGUUGCAGAGGGUGUGAUUGCCAAAUCCCUGCUGCAAAAGACUGAUAAUACACCGAAACUGAAUGCAUACAUGAAACCAUAAGCAGUCCUGGAGAUAUCCAUUCAGGAUAUAAGUAUCGUGCGUUGUGAUUGGUUGAGAUCAAAACCAAAACAACGUUAAUCUGCCGAGAGCUACUGGAGACAGCUAAUCUAAACUAUUUUAAUCGAUUAAAAAAGUCAAGCGAUCCUGAAAUGCUUCAUAAAUUUCAAGUUUAGCGUUUGGUUUACGCUGGGCUCAGAAAACGAAACCAUGUUUUGUGACACUUGGAACUUUUUUCAGGUCGACUGCCGGUCAAGGUUUUCAAAACACUAAAUGACCCGCAGUCUUAUAUUUUCAGUAAAUUUCACAAAUCGAAAAAAUCCAGCUAAACCCUGAAACUAUCAUAUUUCGCGUGCCUGAUCCCGCAUGGUUUUUUCGAUUUGUGAAAUUUACUGAAAAUAUAGGACUGCCGGUCAUCUAGAGUAGUGUUUUGAAAACCUUGACCGGCAGUCGACCUGAAAAAAAGUUCUAAUUCCUAUAUUUUCAGUAAAUUUCACAAAUCGAAAAACUACCAGGAUCAGGAUCUCGACAUAUGAUAGUUUCAGGGUUUAGCUGGAUUUUUAGCUGGGGAGGGUGGCUUUGGGCAAAUGAUGUAUCGGUCCCCAGAAAGGUCACCCCAGGACUCCCAGGAUGGAUUUUUUUGUACAGUGCCCAGGCCUCAUUUUCUUGGCCGCGCGUUGAUCUGGCCCGGCUACUUCGGCGAGCAUGUUCUUGGUCUUUUUCCAUUAUAUCCUUCGAAUUUGUCAAAGUCUGUGGGAUUCGUUUCUCUAUCUGGGAAAGCUUCAUUGGUUUCUAUAUCUGCUGCUAUCCUAUUUCUACGAUCCUGGCUUGUUUAUUUUCCGUUGGAGUUCGAAUUUCGUGGAAAAAGUUGUGUUGAAAGGGGAGCAUGGCGGCGAAAAUGGCAUCUCGUGUCUCCUACCUUGUACAUUAUUAUUGUAUAUAGAGUGAAUUUGAACAAAUUAUCACGAAACUUCGUUGGAGCAUUAAGGACAACAACAACUAACUGCAGAGUAAGUUUUAUUGAUCUUUAUUCAGUAUUUCUUAGAAAUUUUAGGAUCGUAUUUUUACCCUAUACAAACACUAUAAUUUUACUGGAACCGUACUGUGGUACAAUCACAGAGCCUGGGUUACCUGUGCACCCAGCAGAGCAGGAAAUCAUCACAUUCACGGACAAUAGUCCAGGUUCGAAUUAAAAAUUACCGCUGAAUACAAACAUUAACGACACAUUCAUACAGGGUUAGCCUCGACGUAAAGUAAAAUAUUCAGAAAUUCUGGGAAGUAAGUGUUUGAAAUUUGAAUAUACACAAUAGACAGAGUAAUAAACAGGUCUUUUUCUCGUUGGAAUUUGUGAACAUAUUACUUCAGACGGAGGCUAAGGCUGUAAAAAAUGCGUCACUUCUUUAAUUCAGCGGUCAUAGCGAACUCGAAAACGGACUAUUACAAAGAGCAAAGGAAAUGACCUGUAAAUGUCACACAAACAACAGCAAAGAUAAGACUGAUUCGCUCAGUUAAAGUUUGGAAUCCUCCACAGCUUAAUCUACGAAUUUGGAUUUAAGAACUAAUAAAAAUUUGCAACGCCUUGCAACACGAACAAUUCACGAACAAAUGUUCGAUAACACCGUAACGAUGUCUUUUCAUAUUAACAACAUAGUUAAAGUGGCAUUCUACGGCCUUAGAAAUAUAGCUAAGGUUCGUAAGUAUAUCAAUGUCACAACGGCUGAAAUUCUUGUGCACGGAUUCAUAAAUUCGAAGCUGGAUUUCUGCAACUCGCUUUUACAUGGUCUUCCCAAGUAUGAAAUUAACAAACUGUAAAGUGUCCAAAACGCUGCAGCGCGCGUGAUUGCCUGCUUACGUAAGUUUGAUUACAUAAGUGAUACUAUAAACGAGUUGCACUGGCUACCAGUGGAGCAAAGAAUAAUCUUUAAGAUUAAUCUUAUUCGUUUUCAGAUACUCAUCAAUUUAGGUCCUGAUUAUUUGGUUGACCUAAUCCCUGUGUUUUUUAAGGGAUUUUUCAGUCAUUGCCCCUAUACUCUGGAGCGAUUUGCCUAUUGACAUUAGAUCGCUCUGAAGCGCUUAGCACUGAAAAGUAUAGGCGCUAUAUAAAUUAUUAUUAUUAUUAUUAUUAUUAUUAUUAUUAUUAACAAUUCUAAAUUAAACGAAACCGAGGAUCAGUUUAGAAUACGAUCCACGAAACGCUCACACAUUGAACCAGUAAUGGCCCCGAAAUUACACACGUCACAGAUUUUCAAAGGCCUUACAUAUGUUUGUUUGAAUAAACAACAAGCAAAUUUACUUUAGUAUCUAGGAGGAAUUUUUUCAAAACCAGAAAAAAUUAUUACACCUGAAAUUUGCAAGAAUUUAAAGACCACUCCACUCAGAAUGCAUGAAAAUCACAACUGUUUACAUCACGUUCGGCGGAUCUUUCUCUGCGUUGCAGAGACGCACCCCAUCUUUCUUUGUUUCAGAUGUUCCUGUGAUGGUCCUUUACAAAUAACGCGUGGUCUCAUGGGAUUUGAAAGGAAACAAAAUAAUGGCGGCGCAAAAGCGUUGCAAAUACUGAUUUUUCUCUAAAGGUCCAACAUGGAAUUAUCAGUGACGUCAUCAUAUAUCCAGAAAUGGAUAUCUCCCGGACUGAUAAGAAAAAUGUUAAUAAAAAUGUUAAGUUUCAUUGUUUUUCAGUGGAUAAAGCCUCAAAAAAUGAGGCACUAACUUAAAGUACAAAACAUUGGACACCUGUAUACAAUUUUAAAUGGACUCAUUUUCAAAGUGAUCAAAAUAUCUCGAAACAAAAUUACUGAAACAACAAGACAUUCCUUGCAAAAAAAAUAAUACAAAUUCACCACGACUAACAAAUUCGAAUUUUAAAAUUCAGUUGGACAUGACAGACUAAGUUAGCUUAAUUCAAACUCGUUCCGACUGUAAGAAAACGAGACAGUCUAUUUUCUGCAACUGACUCAACAUUGCUUUACUUUCAAGUGCUACUUUUCUUCGUCAACUUCAUCCUCGAAAGGCAAUUCAUUGCUUAUAGCCCCUACAUACAUUCAGAAUCUAGUUUCUUUGAAAUCGCAACGCAGAUAUAACUUCAGAUCGUCUGGUGGGAUGUUUUGCUAGCGUCGCCAAUAGGCGAUGGGUCCUUCCAGGUGGCUGCGCCCAAGUUAUCAAAUGCUUUAUAAGACCCACCCUUUAAGAUCUGCUCAUUGUGAACUGAAUUUUUACCAGUUACAUAUCAAUAUUUUAGAUUUUUUUUAUUGUAGUAGUGUAUAUCUAGCCGGAUUCAUUUGAAAACGUUAUCACCGACUGGACCAUUUGCGCCCAACAGCCGGUUUAAUUUUCUCCGCCAAAAACUAUCUCCAGAGUAACUAUUAUAAAAACUACGAGCGCAACCAUUGCUUUUUUCUCUUCUCCUCCUUUCCUUCUCCUCGCUGUUUCUUUUUCUCCUUUCGAUUUCCUUCGUUUCUGUAAUUUUGAAACAUCUCGGACUUAAGAAACCUGCCUUUUGACACCUUUUCAAUCAAAUGACUACAAAUUUCGUUUGGUUGGUUUUCAAAAAACUAGGUUAGAUAUAUUUCUGUCAUAUUUUGUUAUUAUCAUGUCAUUAUUUGUUUUCGUAUAUUGUAAAUAGAUUUUUCAUGUUUUUAUUUAACAAUUAGUUCAUGCGUCAGCGUGCGUAUGUCGAGAUAUUGAGCACGCGGGAAGUUUGGAGAGCAUGAAAGAGGCGUAAGAGUUGCACGAGGCGCAGCCGAGUGCAACUCUAGCCUCUUGAGUGCUCUCCAAACUUCCCAAGUGCUCAAUAUCUCGACAUACGCACAGCUGCAGCAUGAACUAAUUGUUUUAUAACCUUAUCAAAGCGAUCAAUGCAGCAGUUAACUUAAAAUUUUAUCAUUGUAGGGCGCGCUCAAAGCAGUACGCGUCAAUGUUUACGUGACUAAAUUUUUUUCCUCACAGUUAAUCUUAUGUUUUUAUCCUGAAACUGAGAGAAAGUGCACUCUAAAAAGAUUGUAACAUCCACAUUUAGGUCCCGGAAAACUAUUAAUUUACCGAAAAAAUGAUAUUUUGAGAAAACAACUUUGCAAAGAAUGAUCUCACGCCAUAUCCCGCACAGCUCGCCGAGAUGACAACAACAACAACAACACUCACCUAUUUUCCUUGCUAUCGGUUAACAAAUUCAAACGUUUCCUCUUAAAUUUCCUUAUAAAACACAUGUAAACGCUUCAUUGUCUAUUGCUGAGUUAUGGAUGCACUCAGGAGACUCAGGAUUGCUAGGCUCACAACAACUCGAGGAAUUACGAAUAGUUUAUUGACAUCAUCAGCGUGCUCAAUAGGAAUAUGAAGCACGCUUGCGCUAUUGAAUUUGAUUAGGCGAAUUUUCUAGCUAUGUUAUAAUACCUGUUAGUGUGAGGCGCAUUUAAUCAUUGUUAUGGAUACUUGCGCAAUCUAAGUGGAUAAAUUAUUAAUUAAUAUUGAAUUGACGUUUUUAACACAUUUAGGAGUUCAAAAUAGUAUUCUUUGAAGUAGACUCAGGUUAACUUGGUACUGUUGUAGUUCUGAAAAACAUGUAUUAACGAUUGUUAUUAACGAUUUUGAGAACAACGCAACAAAAUAAAAUUUUAAAGUGUCCUUUUCUCUUGAAGCCGUUUUUUUUAGGCCUCGCGGAUAAAAGCAACUUCCGGUCUUAGGCUGUUUCCUAAAUCCGGCUAAAUUAAAUGGCUCUCUACAUCACUCCGUACUAUUGCUUAUUUUUUUGUGUAUAUCUCGUAGGAGGAUUGGCAGUCUCUGCUAUUGUGGGAAAUGAUGUUAGCUACUUAACAUAUUUGAGCACUUUGCUCAAACCAGUCUCGAGCAAAUCUUCACAAUGGAGGCGCUGUUGGCGCGCGUCCGUGGACGGCUGGGCUGCCAGUACUUUUCACAGCCGAUGCGACUACAAAGGACCAACUGUCACAAUAAUAAGAGUCGGGGGAAAGUACAUAUUUGGAGGGUAUGCCAGCAGGUCUUGGGGUAAGUGGAAAGAUUUUCUAAACCUGAGCGUGGUAGCAUGUAAAAUUGUGUAAGGAAGAAUUUGUAAUGGAAAUUUUUUUUUUAAUUACUUCUGUUUUUGCAAUCACUUUCGUUACCGCUUACCAUCAGACAUUUGUGAAUUAUUAGGAGCUUAAGCAACCACGACGGGGAGGCCAGUGAAAAUAUCACUUAGGGCCUGUUUACGUGAAGGUGGGAGACCCUAGGUAGGUGAGGUAACCCGCCUACAAUGCAGGUGGGAUAAAAAAAAUAACCAUCGUUUACGUACAAUUAACCUUAUAACCCCACUAUCCAGGGGUGCACUUUCUCAAGAAUAUUGAAUGGUCAGUAAGCAUGUAAAUAAGAAAAAUGCUGGCAAACCACGUGUUUUAGCGAUUAGUGUUACUACUACUCUCACUUGCUGCACUUACUACAUCCUUCAGUGCUGUGGCUUUCUAUUGUUACCUUUAUGAUGCAAAACCACCGCCAAAGUGAAUUUUGCGCGAAUUUGAUGUAUCACGAAUCCGACCGCCGGCUUGAAGGGUCACUUCACCUAUCAUGUAAACGUGAUUGAAUUAAAAUGACAGAUUAUAUGGACAGGAGGGUCACCCCAGCUAAGUGGGCCAUUACCAUACCAACCUGCCCAACCUCCCCACCCCACAGGCCCUUAAAAAUUGCAUUCAGGCUGCGUUUCAAACUUUAUUCCUAGUAUCGCCCUUAUUCCAUCUCGUUCAAUCUGCCAAAUGCUGGCAAAGUUCUUUUUUCGGGGUUAAAAUUCCAAAGGUCCCUGUCAAAGUUUAGAAAAAGAAAUAAAAAUCGUUGUCUUACGUUCAGGUACUCCAUAGAACGUGAAAUUAGGACGUUUCACGUCGUAGUCGUGCAACGUCAUGGUAAAUAAUUUACGUUCCGACUCGUUGCGGUAGCUGUCAUCGUUGACGGCCUUGACGGACAACGAUCAAUUAAAAUAAAUAAGGAGGGGAACGGAAUUUUUUUAAGCUCAGUUUUUUUAAAAUCCCCGGCAUUUCUCUUAUUAUCCUUUUUUUUUCCAUCACAACGUAAUACACAAGUUUUUUUUUUUUCUCUUGUUGCAACAAAUUUGGAAUAUAGAGCAGGAGAAAGACAGAGAAAAAGAGAAAGUAGGCGGCAGGCCAGCGAAGCUCAACGAGAAAAAGGGCGACAGAGGUCUAGAGCGAGAGAUAAAAAACACAGAAGACAUAUUUUUUUUGUUGGAAGAGCAACAUGAAAACUUUGUAGCGACGGUGACAAAAUGGGAAAUGCCAGUGGCCACCAAUGCAAGGUGAAAAUGAGCGGGCAGGGAAAAAAAAGUUGAACGAGAACACGUACGACAUUUCCUCCAUAAAACCUGUAACCAAGAAGUUUCUGGAAGUUUCACGUUGUAGUGGUGCAAAACAACAGUAAAGAAUGUACAAAAAAGCGUGCUGUACUUGCAAAAUUGCUAUUUUCGCUAAUUAGACCGAUUGCUAUUUUUCACCGUUCUCCGGCGUUGCCUUCUCGCUUAGCACUACACGAUUUUAUAUUUUGUUUGAACAAACCAGGGGUGGAUCUAGGGGAGGGUGCAGGGGGUGCGCCCCCCGAGAUGACCUGCGGUUUUCUUAUACAGCUGGUAUUCUGCAAAAAAAAAAACUAUGUGGUUUAUUGCUGUCGAAGUAGAGCAAGAGACGAGUGCACCCCCUCCUAAAAAAAAAUCCUGGAUCCGCCCCUUCAAACUAUAAAUGUUAUCGAAAGCUACGCUUUUGACCCUGGCUAAAUCUAUAUACUAUUUAUAUUUACCACUAAAACUCUAGAAGGAAAUAACAACGAACAAUUUUAACAAAGGUCACACGAAGCCGUUCACGCUUUCCCUUCAGUGAAAACUGUGACAAUUUGUCCUGCGACUUAGCUUGGUAAGGGAAAGAUGCAAAUACUGGACAAAAAUUGCAAAUGCAAAUUCGAACCCUUGAGUUUGGUUCGUCAAAAUGUAAAUAACAAUAUUCGCACUGAAUCAGUGUACUAUUCAUGCUAUUCAUGGAGGUAUGAACGGUCCGCAUUAGUUUGGGAAAAUUAGCAUAACGUCAAAAGAGUAAGGCCCCGUCCUCACGUAUCCGGAGAUUUUUGUAUCCGCAAUUUUUUUUAUGCGAAUACAAAAAUAUCUGCGUCCACACGUAGCGUAUACGAAUUGUAUACGACCGUCCACACGAAUCCGAUUCGUAUCCAGACAUCUCAAAGGAUUAGUCAACAGAGCAUGCGCAUUACAAAGAAAGCUGAGCCUGCGAUAAUUUUGGCGCCAUAUUCGCGGCUUUCUUUCUUUCUUUCUUGUUUGUUUACUUGAGGUUUCAACACGUGUGAGCUUGAAGAGCGAAAAAAAUUCCUGUUAAAAAACACCAUAAAAAAUGUCUCAAUUAAGAGAAAAACAGAAAAAAACCAGCUAGGUGUCUUCCCGCUCUUUUGAGAAGUCUUUGGCGUCUGAUUCCAGAAUCAGAUAUGGCUAGAAGCCGCAUAAUGCUUAGACGUCUUCUCAUGUAGUUAAAGUUUAGAUUUAACAUUGCAACAUUUAGUUCGAGACACGCUAUUAGGCUUGAAAGUAGUCCUAGUAGCAUUGAACACACAACGUUUCUGCUCGCCGCCAUUUUGGAAAAUCUCGCGCGGAAAAAGACUGGUUCUGGUACUGUGACGUCAGCGUAUACAAAAAUAUACGGAUACGAGCGUUUACACGUAUCCGGAUACACAGCGUAUACAGAAAUUUCCAAGCAGCAAAAUAUGAUAUUAAACAGCAUUCUGAUGCUACUUAAGACAAAUUUAUAUUAUUUACAACUUUUUUUACUAAACAAUUUAUCCCAACUAUUGAAAAUAUAAGGUUUGUAAUACAUUUACGUUUUAUUUGAAAUCAAAUAUACACAAAGUUUUUUAUUUCUUACGGAGGUUAUUUGCUAAACACCACAAGUUCCUGGUGUCGGAUUUUGAGUAGCAGGCCUAAAUCGCUGAAAAUUCGGCUAUUAUUGAUUUCAUUUUUUAGUCUAUUGUUGCCAUAGUGAUAUCGAUUUUACUUAAAAAGCCCAAAGUCAGUAAGUGUUGAAAAUUUCAUCGCCAUCGACAAGGAUAAAACGACUUUUAAGGCGAUUGAAAAAUAUCGGUAUAAUCUCCGAUAAAACUGUAUGGAAAACCCCUUUAGUGACAACCCCAUACAGGGGACACAAAAUUUGGUCCGGGAAAGAAGUCCACAUGAUCUUUAUAUCUGUUACCUAUAUUGAAGGGACACCUCUAUUUAAGGGAAAGGGACAGGUUUUCUUGGUCCUGAAACCUGGGUUUAACCACUAUUCAGAGGACACCUUAGCACUCAAAACGUGACUGACCACAAAGAAGGGUGAUAUCUUUAAGUGUACACUAAUGACCAUGAUGGCCGCUUUCACAAACUGAACUAUCUCACUUACAUCGAUAUACUGCAAUAUUUUUUUUCGUCUUAGCUUUUUAAAUAAGAAGCAGUUUCUUCCUUCCAAAAGUAAAUACUAAAGUACUUAAGCAAGAAUAAAAUUAGUACUAAAAUCACACUUUUCAUCGAUCUUUGCCAAGGAACUUAAACUAUUAUUAUUAGUUAUCAGUAUAUUUUCUUGCGUGUAUGAAUUCGAAUUUUUGAAUGAAAUCUGUGCAUUGGUCAUCUUUUUCAUUUCUUAUUUUCCCAACAGGUUACAGUGGCUACCAGUAUUUUUAUGAUUCCCAGGCAUUCCUUUUCUCGCUGGUGAACAAGCCAGGAUGGGCACCUGUGAAACUGCCUCAGACAGGGAAGUAUAGUUCUUACCGCUAUUCAAUACCCGACUGCUCGUCUUAUGGACCUUCUUUCGGAGGAGGCUGGGACAUUUACAUUACCGACUACGCGUCAUCCAGUAGCAGUAACUAUGCCAACCUUGGCUAUACUUACAGCGCACCAAGUGGGUACAGCUAUGGAAGCACCUUCACCCGGACAUUUCUGGCAGGCACUUAUCAGUUUACUCCCGACGAAGUAGAAACAUUUUACGAGACAACCUAA